AUGGCCACACGAGUGGGGAGUAAGAGUAUUUGUGGUUUUUUGACUCUGCUUCAGGCUUGGAUAUAUGAGUACUUUCCACUCAUCCGCCCGAGCCAGAUUCUCCAAGCUCCAGAUGAUCCUCGUGCUUCCUCGUGGGUGUGUCACCGCUUUGCAGGUGGUGAUGAUGCUAGAAAGCGCUUGGUACGGUAUCGACAGAUGUUGGAUGAUAUGUCAGGGGAGGAUGUGUCUUGGACUCCUUACGGGCGAGAUGCUGGCACAGAGGUACUACGCUAUUUGUAUACUGGUGUCAUUCGCUUUGCUGACCUUGCUGAGGUUAUGAUCCUGCACGGUGUCGCGACAGUUUGGGUACCAACAGACUAUCCCCCGUACGAUGAUGGUUCCCAAGGAUGUGUACCGCCCAACUUCUUGCAGCACCUACAUCGUUUUCUGGGAGGGUAG